UACUCAGGAUAGAAACUAAACAAUAAUUUGUAUUUUUUUCUUUUCAAAUGAAUGAUAAAAAGUAACUUCAAAUAUGUAUUUUUCAACCACAGAAGAAAGUGAGUCCUGCUUUGUCCAACCAAAACCACGUACACUGGGAAGAGAAUCUACUUUAUAUGGCAAGGUACAAAACGAAAGCCUUCCUCGACUAGAAAAGCUCAAGAUUUCAGCUGUGUCUACAGCUAAUGGUGUUAAAUCCCUCCAUGAACAGCCCCUGGCAAAGGAUGCUGCAGACCCACCAGGAUCCACAGAGGAAAUUCAGCCUCUUAAGGGACUGAAGGAGUCUGGGUCACCUCAGCCAGGUGGCAAAGAUGAUACUCCAGGAGCAGGAGAAAAGAAUAAGGACGUGGAAGCAGUGACAGAGGCUCAGCCUUUUAAAGGAAACGCUGAGACCGAAGCUUUAGGAGCAGAAGCCAAGAGUCAACCUUUGAGGACAGCGGGAGAGAGGGACUCUCCUGGAGCAGUGGAAGGUACUGAGAAUCCACAAGCUGCCGGAGAGAUGAUACCCCUAGGAACAGCUGAGAAAAUUCCACCUCUGGAAGCAGCUAGAGAGCUACAAUCUCAAGAAGCUAUGGGGACGGAUGAACAGUCCCAACUCCCAGAAACAGUUCCCAAGGAGACGGAAUCUCCAGAAAUAUUGGAAGGAAGUCAGCUUGUGGAAACAGCUGAAAAGCAGCAACUUCAAGAAACACUGGGAGAAGAUGACCAGUCCCAACUUCUAGAGAUGAUUCCCAGAGAGAAUGGAACACCAGAAGUAUCAGACAGAAGCCAGCUUAUGGAAACAGCUGUCAAGGAUGAUUCGCUCCAUAAAACUCCUGAAGGUCCAGGAAACAUGGAGCAGAUCCAACCUGAAAGAAUAGUUGGAAACAUGGAACAUCCAGCAGAAAUUCUAGAGACAGGGGCAAAUGUGGAAACGGUCAGGAAUAUUCAUGCUAACGAAGAGGACCAACACGCUGAAGGUGAAACAGGAGAAAAGGUUGAAACAGAUGUGGAGAAUGAGAAAGUAAGUGAAGGGGCUGAAACAAAAGAAGAAGAAACAGGAGAAGCUGUGGGUCUUUCAGCAGCCCCGUGUAUAGGUAUGGAUGGAAGGGUGAACGGACACAGCGUAUUAUAACAGAGAAGACAGAAAGCGGCAGUGAAGUUUGUGGUUACAGAUCUUAUCUUUCAACAUCUACAUGUUUUAUACAAGGAAUGUGGUUAUCAUGUUCUUGAUUACAUUGUUCCAUAAAACUGCUAAGCUGUGAACAGUUUUUCUAGCUACUUACAAUUCAAAACUACAAAAAAAAAAAAAAAAA